AUGACGACGCCUUCGUCGCAAGCAUUAGCCAAGCGCAAUGCCGAUACUCAACUCAUGCCACCUCCGCCGCCGACAAAGCGCAUCAAACGCCCUUCGCAAGUCGUUGACGAAGAUGUCUACACCGAUGCCCUUUCGCACAUUAUCGCCCGCGACUAUUUCCCAGGCUUGCUAGAAAGUCAAGCCCAACAGGAAUACUUGGAGGCCUUGGACUCGAACAACAACGACUGGAUCCGAGAUGCUGGCCGCAAACUACACCAAGCCAUGACUCCUGGUCCUCGAGGAAGAAGAGGCACUUCUCUAGCCCCUUCAGCAACUCCGCGUGGGUGGCAGGGAGCUACCCCUAUGAGGACUCCCUCAGUCGCCCCUUCGGUCGCAUCCAGUAACGCCGAAGUCUCCAAGCCGCCAGUAGACACUUCGCUUUCACUAGGCGCAUUCCAAGCCAAAUACACAUCAGAAGACAACGAAUCUUUCAACUCGCUUCUCGAUCGCCAGAACCAGAAACGUGCUGAAAAGUAUGCUUUCCUUUACCACGGCAAUAAGCUACCGUCAAAACAACAAUUGGCUCAGCAAAAACUUCUGUCAAAUGCGCCACAAUCAACAGCCCUCGUAGCUCGCCCCUCACAAAACNUCGACGAUCGCUCCGCUUCUUUCGACUCCUUUCCUAGCCGCCAAGGUCCGCGGAACACCUUGAUGUUUGCGCCUGAUGGAAUAGAAGACACGCAUGAAACACAGUUUGACCGCGCGCAAGCUGCCUCGGUCGCUCCUCCCAAGUCCGUCUCCUACGCCUCCACACGCAUGCCGGUAGCUCUCUCCGAUGAAUCGUCUGUACCACCUUCACCUUCAAUGUCUGCGAUCGACGCCGCAAUUGCUGGACGACCACGUCCUUCUUCAACAGAUGCAGGCUAUUCAGGCGCCGAAACUCCCCGGGUCAAGGGUUACGCUUUUGUCGACGCUGAACCACUACCUCACGAAAUCAAUCCUCCGAAGGGCGUGCCUGUUUCGGAUGCGGAAGCCGAUGCUGAAGAACGUGCAUCUGCCAUGGCCCUGCUUCCUGCAGCUGAUCCCGAGGCCGCCAGCAACNCCUUCAAAUUACAAGCUCAAAGCAAGAGAGAGGAAAUACAUCAUCGACUUGUCGAAAAGUCCAAUGCGCAGAGAAGAAAGCCUACAGCCGGAGGCAGAUUGAGUGCCUUGAAAGGGGAAGAUGGGCGUACGCCAACGCCUAGGUUCACCAGCAGUCCUGCAAUGGGUCGUCAGACACCUGGGGCAAAUAUGACACCAGCUGCACGUCUGCUGGCUUCGAGGAUAGGAGGUCGAACGCCCGGACGGGCUGACACACUCUUUGGGAGCCAACAAACUGGCGAUAAGUCCAGUCGAGUGUGGACACCAACUCCACGGGUCAAGAAGACGACAAAAUGA